AUGGAUCGUGUAUCGAGUUAUGUGUCCCGAAAGUCGGGCUCAUUUCCUAGCUUGAUGGCCCGAAAGAGCGAGGUCUAUCUUCCCAUUUCUACAAAACCACAACCCAAAUUUAGAGUCAAAGCCCUAUUAGGUCAUUGCCUUUACCGAAGAGUUGUAAUAUGGACUGUCGUCAUCAUCUUUCUGCUAUCAAUCACCCUCUUCAAUCCACGAUUGACAUCGAGAUCUCGAGAUGUACUAGGAUUCCAGGAGAAUGAGGAAGAUGAUUUCUUGGAGGAUAAUACCAACGGCCCGCACUGGCUCAGGUAUAAGCAUCUUGAUGGUUAUUACAAUGGUCUCAAGUCCUUGGUAUCCUUCUCAGAGUACAAACCCGAGUACCCUAAGCAGUCACGAACUCAGCAACGGGCCACGGAGACUUCAUCCGCUACGCUCCACGACAAGCCGCCCAGGCCUAGUGUAUAUCGUCCUCAUCCAGAUUACGAUUCCGAGGAGUAUCAGAAGACCUAUGUCCCUGUGAAGCGCUGUUACAUCGAUGAAGAUAGAGAGGUACCCGCUCCAGAUCUUUAUGCGUACAACGGUGUUCCUCAGGGUCAACCCAAAGCGGCGAUUGGAUCCUAUGACCUACUAGGUAUUCGAGAAGAUGUCUGUUUCGAUCGCUUCGGUCGCUAUGGCCCAUAUGGUCUCGGGUAUGACUUAGAAUCUGGUGGUACAGGCGAAGCUCUAGAUACAGAGCAUGAGGGUAGCGAAGUCGUCUGGGAAAAGACUGGACAAAUCAACUAUGAAAGUGUCGACUGGGCCGCGGCGCAAGAGCAAUGCUUUGAAUCCAACAAAGGUCGAUUCUACACCGGUAACGAAACCCGAGAUUUCGAAUUGGCACAGGCCGGUCGCAAACGACUUGACCGAAUUGCAAUAGUGAUUCGAAUUUACGUGGGCUUCCAAUGGACGAGCCAUGCUCUUCUUAACUUCCGUGCGAUGAUCAAUGAGCUCAGUCUAAGAUCAGGUGGUGAAUAUGAUGUUCACUUUCUCCUGCAUGUUCGCGAUAACAAUGCGCCUAUCUGGGCGGACCCCGCCACUGUCCAGAACAUCCUCGAUGUCAAUGUACCACCUGAGUUCCAUGGACUCUGUACUCUGUGGUCCGAAGCCCAAAUGAAGCUGUACUACCCAGGCAAUUUCGGCGAGACAUUCGAAAACCCUUCCAAUGGUGAUAUCCACGGAGUUUACCGAUCCGCGCAUAUGCCGCUUCAGCAUUUCGCUAUGAUGCAUCCGGAAUACGCGCACUUCUGGAACUGGGAGAUGGACAUGCGCUGGACCGGAUCAUACUAUGAACUGUUUGACAGGCUUGGCAAAUGGGGUGCGAAACAGAGCCGGCAGGGUAUGUGGGAACGAGCCAGCAAAUAUUAUAUUCCCGGACUUCACGGAAGCUGGGAAAAUUUCACGGAGCUUGUUGAUCAUGAAACUCGAACAUCUGGAAAACGACCAAUCCUAGGACCAGUCGUAUUUACUGGUAAGACUGGUCUUGGAGAGGGUGAGGUUUUUCUGCCAGCAAGUUGCGCUAGCGGUUCGGAUAUGACGCAAUGUGGCGUUGGUGAAGAUGCAGACCUCAUCACACUUAACCCACUAUUCGAUGCCGAUGAGUCCGGUUGGGUAUUUGCUGGUGAUGUGACCGGGUACGACAAGCAGUACCAGAUGCCACCGCGAAGGUGUGCUAUCGUGACAGCUUCCAGAUUAUCGCGUCGUUUGUUACGCGUGAUGCACGAGGAGACAUGGCGUCUGCACCAUAGUAUGUUCAGCGAGAUGUUCCCGCCUUCUAUGGCUCUUCAUCAUGGUCUGAAAGCUGUGUAUGCGCCGCACCCUGUAUACUUGGACCGAAAAUGGCCUCAGCAAGAGAUUGAGAACGCUUUCAACGGUGGCCGAGACCACACAUCUAGUGGCCACGGCUCCCCAUUCGAUCUAACCAACGAACACAACCAUAAGGGGACAAGUUGGUAUUACAAUAGUGAGUUUGCUGGGCUCCUAUGGCGCCGCUGGCUUGGAUAUGCUCAAAUGGACGGGCGAGGCGAUAAUGGCGGUCGUGCCGGAGAGGGUACCAAGCGAGGCGGACAGAAGGAGGAGGAAGAUCCGAAGAACUCGGGAAGGCUGUGCUUACGCAGCAUGCUAGUACAUCCCAUCAAGUGGGAAAAUCCUGCUGAGCAGGAAUAG